ACCUCUCUCCUUCCUCAUCAUCCUGAGAGAAGGAACAAAAUGAAAACAAUGGCUGCCAUCACAUUCUCAUAUCCAGCAUGUACCUACCUUGUAAGGUGCUGUUCCAUGAGAGAAAACCAUGACAAGCUUAAGCAGCAACUGAACAGCAGCAUCAGAACUAAUGGGAGUUUCAGGUCGCCAGUUAAAGUUGAGUCACUGGGCCAAAGUACAGCUUCAACUAUCACCACUCUUGGUCAAGCUGUCACAGUUGGUGAAAAUGGUCUGCGCCAAAACAUCCCAACAAAGAAGCAAUUGGUUGAUCCUCAUCGUCAAGGGCUCAUCAUUGAAGGUGGAGUUGGUUAUAGACAGACUGUUGUCAUUAGGUCCUAUGAAGUUGGAGCUGAUAAAACUGCCACACUUGAGAGCAUCCUCAAUCUUCUUCAGGAAACAGCACUAAAUCAUGUUUGGAUGUCUGGACUGCUCGGUGAUGGGUUUGGGGCAACUCAUGGAAUGGUGAGGAACGAUCUCAUUUGGGUUGUCUCAAGAAUGCAAGUUCUGAUUGAUUACUAUCCCAUCUGGGGAGAGGUAGUUGAAAUUGACACAUGGGUUGCAGCAUCAGGCAAGAAUGGAAUGAGGCGAGACUGGUUGAUAAGAAGCCAAGCCACAGGCCACAUUUUCGCACGUGCAACAAGCACGUGGGUGAUGAUGAACCGUAAAACAAGACGUCUCUCCAAAAUGCCUGAAGAGGUGAGAGCAGAAGUUUCACCUUGGUUUAUAGAGAAGCAAGCAAUUAAGGAAGAUGUUCAAGAAAAAAUAGUCAAAUUGGACAAAGAGGCGAAGUACAUGAAUUCUGACUUGAAGCCCAAGAGAAAUGAUUUGGACAUGAACCAACAUGUUAAUAAUGUGAAGUAUGUAAGAUGGAUGCUAGAGACCAUCCCUGACCAAAUUCUUGAGGGGCACCAAUUAUCUGGUAUCACACUAGAGUACAGAAGGGAAUGUGGAAGCUCAGAUAUAGUUCAAUCACUAUGUGAACCUGAAGAAGAUGAAAUACUUCAUGGUGUGGCAGAACCAGAUUACUGCACAAAUCUGCUUAAUGGAUUAUCAUUGGCAUCAUCAGAUAUUAUUAAUGGUAGUGGAGUCUUGACUUGCCUUGAACAUAGGCCAAUGAGGUAUACACACCUUCUACAAAUCAAAGGAGAGAAACAAAAUGAUGAAAUUGUUAGAGGAAGGACUACAUGGAAGAAGAAGAUAAUGCCAUUUUCCACUUAGACCUAGUAAGAUACGUGAACUGCUGGAAAGGAACAAAUGGUAGCAUAUACUCUAGUGUGCACACCAACAAAUUCUUGGUCUAAACGAAACUGAUAUGAAUAUGAUGACAAAAAGACAACCAGGAAGCGUUCGGAGAAAAGAAUUAUAUACAUGUAACAAUUCCAAUGAAGUCAA